UGGCAAACGGAAGAGGAAAUGAAACAGUGCGCAAGCAAACUACAAGUAUGAAGCUAGAGUGUGCUGCUCUCUCGUGUAUCACCAUGAAGCUAACGCUAGCCAACGGUGAACAGGGCAAAAUUGAAACCUUGAUUCAGUAGCUGGAUUACAUUACUGAUAAGUUAGUCUACUGUGUCAACAUAGUGUUUUUCACACAUCAAACGUUAGAUUGCAAGCUGAAUGUACGAACAUGGUCCGGUUAAUGACGCCUGUUUUACUUCUAUGCUACAUUUACAUGUCUCAGGUGCAAUCUGAACAAGGAUUCCUGUACAUCUCCAGUGGACUCUCACACAAAGAGUAUUGUAUCACUUACAGUUCAUCAUGGACAAAUCUGUCAAAGUCUCUCGGGGAUGCUGUGGAGUAUCCAUUAGUGAACUUGACCUCCUCGACCCUCUGCAAUAUUUCGGGGCCGGGUCCUGUUGUGCUGAAGGGGAAGGCGGUGGUAGUGAUGAGAGGGGGAUGCGAAUUUGUCCAAAAAGCAGUGAUGGCCCAGGACCUUGGAGCAACUACCAUUCUCAUCGCAAGCAAAACGCCCCUGGUCACCCCCUCUUCCAAUGAUACGGAUCACAGGGAAGUUAAGAUUCCUUUGGCCCUCAUGAGAUACAGAGACACUGAGGAUGCACUAGAGAUGUUUCCGGAAGGAAUGUCGGUGAAGCUGUAUGCUCCCUCUGCACCCCGGUUUGACGUCAGUAUCCUGGUCAUGUUAGCAGUUGGUGUCUUCACUGUUGCUAUGGGAGGCUACUGGAGUGGCACAGCUGAAAGGGAUGCUCUGUGCACUUCUUCUGCUCUCCCCCCUGCUAUGGGGGAAGGUGGGGAGGGCAGCCGGGAGGCCAGGGCUCAUGGCGGAGACCUCGCCGUUUCCUCCCCUGUCAAAGUCGUCAUCUUCGUGGUGUUCAUGAGCGCCAUGCUGGUUCUGAUGUUUUUCUUCUACAAAUGGCUGGUCUAUGUGAUCAUCGUGGUGUUCUGCCUGGCCUCUGCGUUGGCUUUGUACAGCUGUCUGAAUGCACUGUUGGAGAAACUGGGGUGCACAAACAGCAGCAUCCCCUGUCUAGGUGAACGUGCAUCCGGGAUUGUGAGGGCUGUGGUUUUGGCUGCUGUCUGCAUUUCCGUGGCUGUGGUCUGGGGCGUGUACCGGAACGAGGACAGAUGGAUCUGGGUUCUGCAAGAUCUGCUCGGUAUGGCAUUUUGUAUAAACUUCAUGAAGACCAUCACUGUCUCCAACUUCAAGAUCUGCGUCAUCCUGCUGAGCCUCCUGCUCGUGUACGAUGUCUUCUUUGUUUUCAUCACCCCUUUAUUCACCAAGAAUGGACAGAGUAUCAUGGUUCAGGUGGCAGUUGGCACCGGUUCGGAUGAAAAGCUUCCCAUGGUCAUGAAGGUCCCCAGAUUUUCAUCCUGGAAACAGGAUGCCUGUGGGAUUCAAUUUUCCAUCCUGGGCUUUGGGGACCUGAUUGUGCCAGGUUUGGUGGUGGCCUACUGUCACAGGUUUGAUGUAUGGACUAACAGCACAAAGAAGAUCUACUUCAUUUCCUGCACCAUAGGCUACCUCUCAGGACUGAUCUGCACCUUCAUCAUCAUGAUCCUGAGCGGAAUGGCUCAGCCCGCCCUUCUGUACCUGGUACCAUUCACCCUGCUCACCUGCACCGCCGUUGCCUGUCACAAGCACCAGCUCAAACCCUUCUGGACCGGAACCAGGAUCGGGUAUGAGGUGUUGGACUCUUCGAGGGACCCACUGUUACAGGAUGAAGGACAGGAGUACGAGCCAAUACAAAGCAGGUGAUGAAGUUUACAAGUGAUCCAGAACAUAACUCCUGGAUGAAUGUCUUUUUUUUUUACCUUAAUUAAACAUUUUCCACAAAGGAAAUGUUGGUCUUAACAGAUGACAAUAACACAUUAAAAGGUUUCCUAUCUAGAGAUUUUUAUUUCAGUUUAAGCUUUUCAAUUUCAACUGCUUUAUGAUUAUACUGAGAAAUAUAUUCAUCUGGAAUAUAAUUUGCUGCCUAUUGAGAUAUAUAAUUAUGGAAAGACUGGUUAGUGCUUGUGUAGUAGUAUGUGUGUGUGUGCGUAUGCGUGCAUGUUCUUGUUUGUUGUCUAUGACUGACAAGCUGAUGAAGCUUUGUUUUCCGAUAUGAAUGGUUAUUCUGGAAGGGAAACUGUAACUGUUUUUGAAUGUUUUUGUUUUAUUAAUUUGGAAUCUCACUGACUGUUAUAAUUAAAACAUUUUUACUGACAGUA